AAACCACCACAAUCCAGUCCGAACCGCCCCGAACCGGCUGCUGCCACAAGUUUCAGCGUCAUGCGCGCACAAAGAUCAAUCAAGGUUUACUUGUCGAGGGCCCUGCCCUGCUGAAACGUGACGGGCCUUGAGUGUUGAAUGACUGUCAUUUUCCCGUGUAGCAGAGCGGUGCAUUUCUCUUUGGCUGGGACGGAUUUAUUUUUUGUUGUUCCCUUAUAUUCUGCACCCGGCUGCUAUAAAGUGAUAUUGUGAUUGAGUAGGCUAAGUUUGUAAGACCAAGGAAUAGCCUAGGCUACAGUGUGAGAAAUAACAACAACCAAUCAGGAAGCAGAUUUUUUUCUCCCCUUGUUUGUCCAAAGUAGGACGCAACCUAAAUUUAGUUUUCAAGCAUGGACGUUAUGCAGUCUUUAUUCCCAAGAGCGUUUUUGUGAAUACUUUUAGUUUAUCAUUUGAGGUGUUUUCCCCACUUCAGUUAUGUGGGAUGUUAAGAAUAUUGUGAAUCAGUGUGUGAAGUGUGAGUGUAAGUUUACAUCGCCAGAAAAACCGUUGAAACUUCUGCCAUGCCUUCAUUCCAUGUGCCUGGACUGCCUGUAUGGGCGAACUCCGUCUCGCCGGAAACAAAAGUCCGAAACACAGGCGACUGCAACCUCCGUUGUCAACAAGAAAGUGGACGGUGUAGCAAGCACAAGUGCACAGCAAAAACCAGAGGAGGCUGAUAAUGGAACGGAAAAAAAUGCGAGCGAAUCACCCCAGCAAGGUACAGUGGAAUCUGAUAAAUCUACAGAAACGGGAGAGGAGUCUAAAUCGAAGGUGGCCGGGGACAGCGAAGAAAGGGAUGCAGCAGUCGACACCAGUACAUGUGACACCGUCACCGGUUCUGUUGAUAGCUCGAAGAAAUCAGCUGCAGAUAAUACGAAGAGCAAGGAAGCAUCAGACAGUAAGCUGUCAGCAGAAAAUGAUGGGGAUACUCCAGGGGACAAACCAGUUGAUAAUGGUCAGCGAUCAUCAGACUCUAACGAUUCUGAGAAGCUGACAGAAUCGACAGAGACGAAAGCCAACAAUGGAUUGAGUAACACCUCAAAUGCUGGAGAUGGAGAUCAAGUAAAUCUAGAUCUAGAUCUAGGUGCAAGCAAUGGAGAGGGCAGUGAGUCCACUAACAAGACUGGUUCAGACGUUGAAGUCAGUGAUGAAACAGCAGAGCUGAAGCCAACACCUGUCACAGAAUGUCCAAUAUGCCGAGACCCCGUCGAGCAGGCGGGAAUGGCCUUGAUGGAUAACAUGUUUGCAGCACUGGAUCCAGACCAGCCGUCAUCACCAGUGGCAGACUCGAAGCACAUGUGCACUGCUUGUGAGGAGGGACAGCAGGCAGAGUCAUAUUGCAUGCAGUGUGAGGAGUGGCUGUGUGACAGCUGUGUUGAUGCCCACAAGCGAGUGAGGAUUACCAAAGAUCACGUAAUUUCUCCCAAAGAUCAGGUUAAAGUUGUGACCAGCAAGUCCCCCUGGGAACAGCUCAUGACUUGCAAACAGCACAAGCAAGAACAAUUGAAGUUUUUCUGUGAGAAAUGUGAAAAACUCACCUGCAGAGAUUGUCAGUUACUGGACCACAAGGACCACAAGUACCAGUUCCUCGACCAGGCGGCAGAGCAGUACAAAGCUAGAUUAAAAGGAAGUCUUGCAUUGAUGGGCGAGAAAAGAAACAAACUGUCUGCAAACCGGGAAGAGAUUGAACUGAAGUUGUCAAACUGCAAGGAGCAGAAAGAUUCUCUGCAGCAGGAUAUCCUCAAACAGGCAGAUGUGCUGGUCAAAGGAAUCAGGCAGGCAGUGUGGGGUGUUUUGUCCAACUUGGCCAGCUUUACAGAUGCUGCCACAAAACGUCUGAAUAAGGAAAUUGACGACGUGUCUGAUCUGGUGACCAAGUUUGACCACUGCAUUCAGUUCAUGGAGGACAUUUUGCAGGACGGGUCAAGCAUGUCCCUCCUGUACUCUAAAGGGAGUGUGGAGUCCAAGUGCCGCAAAGUCUACCACACUCAGGUUGAUCCUCAGUCUCUGAAAGGAACCUUACAGAUUCGAUACAAGCAUGAUGUCAACUGGCUUCUAGGGAAUCUCAACAAAAUUGGAUCUAUCUUCGUGAACGGAGUGCGCUAUCCACCAGACAAAAAUGUAAGCGGCGCCCAGAACCGCCACAAUCCGAACAGCAGCUCGUAUCAAGAACAAAGGGCGGGAGGUUUGAGUGCGACCAGCCCUCACCUCCAGCACAUGGCAAAUCAGCCUAUCCCAGGCCAACAGGUUCCGUCUGCUGAGUGGACCAAGUUCAUUCAGACCGUGUCCAAACCAUCGGGCCAGCCCCAUGCCCCUCCUAACAUGACUCUAUCAGCUCUGGGUCCCGGUGCCUCUCUCCCUCCGCAACUGACCCUGCCCAACCGACGAGGCCAGGCCUCCGGCAUGCCACAGCCUUGGGCAGGGCUACGUUUUCGUUCAGCAGCUCCACCAGGAAUUCCAGGGGGCUCCACCUUCGCUGGGCACCUAGUUGCUGGGCAACUUCUCACUCCUCAGCAGCAGCAGACCACAAGAUCGUCCUUCACACCGAUGAGAUUACACCACCGGCCAGCGACGCAGUCGCAGUUCUCCCAGAAUGAGCAGAGCAAUCAAAACAGUAUGCGCAGCCCUCCCCAGUACCGCAUGGGGGGCGAGGCGAGUGGCACAUCCCGCCCCACUCAUGGGACACCUGAUCCCGCACGGCCCGCUAGUGCUGGAAUGUAUGACGGAAACUCGCGACCAGAUAGUGGAGGGCCAGCGAUGGUGGACAUAAAGAAAGAGCACAGAGACCAGUCGCCGGACUGUGUCAUAACCUCCUCGCAUCUCAAGAGUGAACGCCCGUCUGUGUUCCAGACCACACCACCAAAUCCAAGAUUAUCGGAAACUGUGUUGGAAAUGCAAAGGAAUCUGGAUGAUGUGAUCCGGGCAGUUCCAAUGGAUAUGAGCGACAACCUGGAACAAAUUGGUGGUACGAAGAGCUCGACCUCUGAGAGUAACAAGUCCAAACCAACCUCACCCGCCAUAGAACAGCAGAAAGAACGUUCGAGGUCGCCUACGGACCAAGAGCUGCGGGAAAACUGGCAGGGCGGCAACAGCAUGCCUGGCUUCUCCCUGUCCCAGGCUGAUCACCACGUGGACCCGAAUGACGACUACUGUGCCUGUUGUCACAAUGGGGGCGAUGUGCUCUGCUGUGACCGCUGUCCCAAGGUCUUCCACCUGCAGUGUCACAUUCCUGAGCUCACGGCUGUGCCAAGUCUGAAUGGAAUGAUGGUUGGAGGGCACCACUGUGGAUCGUUUGUGUGUACACUGUGUGACGGCGAUAAGCCAGUGGACCCCGAGGAGAUCACGAGCACGGGCAAGAGGAAGGCUCCGGGUGGUCUGGCUGAUCAGGAGGUUCGGGUGUGUGAGAGAAUCCUGCUGGAGUUGUUCUGUCACCCAUCCAGCGUCCCUUUUCAAGAACCAGUCAACAGGGUGCAAGUCCCCAACUACUACAAAAUCAUCACCCAGCCGGUAGACUUCACACAGAUCAAGUGUAAGCUCCAGCGAAGGCACCACAACCACUACCAGAGCAUCAAAGCUUUUCUGUAUGACCUCAGACAGAUCUUCAUCAACUGUGCAAUAUAUAACAAGGCAGGCUCUGAGGUUGGUAAAGCUGGCAAGAUUGUCCGCGGGCUGUUUGAGGAGCGGGUCGAGCGGCUGAUGCCACAGUACCUGAGCUUUGUGAAGGAGAACCCAACCCCGUGUUUCUCAGCCCUCCAGCCUAGGAUAGACUCGUCGGAGGCCGGAGACUCACAGACCGUAGACGCUGGGCCCCCUUCUCCUAAGCGGACAAAGGCAGAGUAGAGAGUGUUCAUAAUUGGAUAUUUACGGGCAUUCUUAGGAAAGGGCAUUGUGGCUUUUUCGGAUAUUUCCAGACAUCCAGUGAGGUCUGUUCUUGAAGGAUGAUGUGGCUGGAUCAAGUACUUCCAGACUUCACCCAGAGGGGCCCAGAAGUUUUUCUCGGCUGACUGUUUCAGUUGUCUUUUUGAACGCCGUUUUCUGAUGUCCCUGGUCCUUUAUUUUGGAAGGCGACCACAUGUACUUGUUGUUCGAGCAAACCUCAAAAACAUUUGUAACAUAUUAAGGAUUAGUGGGGUUUUAUACCUGUUGACAUUUGUGACCAAUGCCUAAUGUUAUUUGUUUUCAUCAAGCAGUAUUUUGCUUUCUGUGCAUUAUUUCACAACCCCACUCAUGAGGGUGAAACGCUGACUUUCCUUCCUCAAGAUGUCAAACAGCAGGAUUUUUACUGAAAAAAAUGUCUAUGUGAAAUUUGUCAGUUUUUGGGGAUUAGCUGCUGUGGAUACAACUGGAUCUCUUGUGCAUUAUGUGUGAAAGAAUAUAUUUUAAAUUCACAUUCUUUAAAGCUAUGGACCUGAGUGCAUGUGUGAACAUGACGAUCUGAAUGCUUUUGAGGACUGAAUACAGGCUUUGGGUAAUGGCUGUGUACAUCUUGCAGCUGAUGCAAAGGAGAUCAUGGGCGUGGGGCCGGCUCAGGGUUAUGACUGGUUUGUGGUUGUUGGGAAGUUUGAAGCCUGGAGAGCUGGGAGGGAGUAGUACUCUGCUCAUCUGGAUAUGUCUCCCUUUGGUGCUAAAGGAAAUAGGAGUGUGGAACCUUUUUUGUGUGAGUGCCAGUUAUAAAUCAGACGUUGGAGAUUCCACGUACUGAGUUAAAAAAUAUAUCUAUUUAUAAAAAAUAUCACUUUUUCCCUACACUUUAAAUAAAAAAACCUAAAUCUCAGUCGGACAAUAUUUGAGAAAAUAUGGAAAAUUUAAUACUGCAUGGUGCGGAAAUAUGAAAAUAAGAAAACAGGCUUUGAAGUUGGGCAAUAUAUUAUGCGAAACCACUCUCACCUCUUAAUUAAAUCAAGGUGAAAUAGCACAUAAUGGGGUGAAGUUGUGUAUUUUAUAUGAAAUGAAAGCAAAAACAUCAAACUUUCGAACUCGGA